AUGUUAAAAAGUUAAUCAACAGAACUAUUUGUCAGUCCUGAGGAAUUACAGAGAAUCACAUUCUUUGCCACUCAAAAUCAACGGAACAGCCAUAAAUCCAAUAUCCCGGCUGCAAAACAGGAGGAAUACACCUUUAAGCCUCAAGUAAGAAAUAAUGGGACAAUAAAUCGUAGAUCAACAAGAAAUCAGCCACCAUCCAAAGAACAGUUGAUGAUCUCUUAAGAUGGAAUGAAAGGAAAUCACAAAGAUUGCAACAGUGCUAUGAUGAUACUGUAAAUGUGCAUUCCAAUCAAUUAGACAUAAGAAUUGUAAUAGAAUGCCAACCGCUUGACUCACGAAGUUGACACAAAUUAGCCGAGUGUUUUCGAAAGAUUGUAUGUAGUAAGGAAGAGUAAUGAAACCAUUUAAUGUAAAUGUUCCCUUGCAAUUCAUUUAUAAUUAGAGACCACAAAGCGUAAUACCUCAGACUCGCAUCCUUACUUCACCAAGAAUAUGUCCAACACUCUUUACUCUGAAUACAAAAAGUAAAUCAGUGGCUCUCCAGAAUAAUAAGAGAGCGAAUGCCAACAAGUCUAAGAACAAGAAGUACCAACUCCUCAAAAAGUGUGUCUGCCCAACAGAUUCUAUUUUGAUCAAUCAGAACAACAACAACAACUAAAUACCGAACCUGAGGUAUCAUAUUGUGUGCCAUUUUAUAGCCCAAAGUCACAAUACCAUAGCACAUGUUUGUAGAUUUUAGAUAACAAAUCAAAUAGAUUAAUGAGGAACCAGAACCAGUACCUUCCAAAAAACCUUUGAAUAAGAAGGAGAUUGAUCUGAUGGUAGAGAGGUAAAGUGUGCUUAAUCCCUACAAUUAGAAUGAACAAUUGGCUUCAAAAAAGAAAUUAUAAGGUCUAAGAACAAUGGGAUAGACAAAUCCAAAAUGAAUCCAACGAAUGUACUUUCUAUCCAAAACUUAGCUGCGUCAAACAACCAAAAGCACAGCAAUCUAUACAAAAUUCUCAAAGAGUUUCAUAACAAUCCUCAUAUUCCAAUUUAUUCAGAAGCAAGAACAAUUGA